GAAGACGAAGGUACUAUUUGCAGAAGCUGGCAGCGAUUUCAUAGACGUGUUGUUAUGCUUCCUACUUCUUCCAUUGGGAACGAUUAUGGAAGUCCUUGAGAAGCACUACGGAGACAAGGCGCCUGUUGUUGGAAGCUUAACCACUCUCUACAAAGGUGCUUCAAAUCUUGAUAUCAUCCAUUUCCAUGGAGAGGCUUUUAAGAAGUACGUGAUCAAUUCAACGCAUUUUGAGAGUGAAUUGUGUAAACUGAGGCUCAACAUCCGUGGUACUCAGCCCACAAGUUCCACUUCUUCGGAAUCAUAUGAAGGAGUUUUCACUGAUGGUGCAGCUUCUUUCAUAAUCACCGACGAUCUCUGUGUGCUGCCUAAUGGGACAGGUUCUAUCAUUGAAACUCUCAGCACUAUCGGCGUUUCUGUGAAAGAUAUGGAUGGCAUGGAUAUAAGAAAUGUGACAUUUGGACUGAAUGAGAUUAUUGCUUUGCUGAAGGAAUCAUUGAUUUCCUCGAAUCCACUCACUGCCCUCAUUUUCCCUGGUAGAAAGAUGAUUAGAGCAACAGAGGGGCGUGUUUUGUUACAUCAGAUUGACCCGAGGCCGACUCUUGUGAUCCCAGAAAAUACGAUGUUGAAAGUCAUGCUUCAGAAAUCUACAAACAAGUUUCUGUUUGCUCAGGCAGAUUGUGAUUUCGUAAAUUUUCUUUUUGUCAUGCUGAUCAUUUCCUUAGGAAGAGUUGAGUGGUUUUUGGGAAGUAGCACUGGUCUCAAGAGUAUGGAUAAUUUGCAUAGAAGUGUCGCUGAUAAUUUUAAUAAUAUGCAUCUGAAAGAUUCAGACACCAUAGACUUGCUAAUCAAGCCUAAGCAUCCUAAUUGCUAUUUGUUCAAUGGAAACAGACUCUGUCUUAUGAAUUUCGAACACAUUGGAAAUCAAUCUUAUGUCCACGGACCGAGAAUGUAUAUGGUACGUGAUGACUUGACUGUUGCACCGUUGGGGGUAACCUUAGGUCUUUCUGUUUUCAACGAGUUGAAGAUCUCUUUGUCUGAUAUAAAAGAAAUAGAGGUGCAAGUUGGGUUGGAAGAGGGUUUAAGCAUAUUGAAAGCGGCUCUUACAUCGACCACUGCUUUGACAGAUGGCCUCAUCAACCCCUUCUUAAAUAAACAACCUCAAUAAGAAAUGGAGCG